AUGGCUGUUUUCGUGUGCUUCGCUUCGAAGGGAAUAGAUUUUGAGGCUGUCGGCGAUCUUAGCACCGGGAGUCUGCAGGGUGCAUUACUGCGAUUUUGUGUUCGACGUGGAAAACCGGCUGAAUUAUGGAGUGACAAUGCAACUCACUUUUGUCGCGCUGAUUUGGAAAUAAAAGAAGCGCUCAGCGCGAUUAAUUGGGAUCGAGUCGCUUAUUCGAUGGCAACCGAAGGCAUCCUCUGGCAAUUCAUUCCGCCUGCUGCUCCGCACUUUGGAGGACUUUUGGAAGCUGGGGUGAAAUCCUUUAAAACUCAUCAUAAACGCAUAGCCGAGCCCAAGAAUCUGACAUACGAGGAAUUCUCCACAGUGCUUGUGAACAUCGAAACAGUGUUAAAUUGUCGCCCCCUUUCGCCUCUCUUCAGUAACGUCGAGGAUCUAGACGCCCUUACGCCCAGACACCUUUUGAUUGGAGGACCUUUCGAAACCGUUCCAGAAAUUCCAGUUGAAGCGACAAAUCUUGAUCGCCUGACUCACUGGAAACUUGUCAAGGGAAUGCGAGCUCAGUUCUGGAAGCGACGGAGCAGCGAGUAUUUAAAUACUCUCCAACAACGGCUUAAAUGGACUCUUCAGCGCCCCAAUUUAAAGUUCGCAGACCUAGUCAUACUGCUGGACCCUUCUCUUAUCAAAUCUGAUGGAAGAUGGCCUCUCGACCGAGUGACUCAGGCUCAUGAGGGAUCUAAUGGACUGAUGCUUGCCCCCAAGAUCCAGACAUGCACUGGAGAGUAUAUUCGGCCCAUCGUGAAGGUUUCCCUUUUGCCAAUCGCCCAGACCACGACAGAAGAGGGCAGAAGACGAUAG